CCUUUAUUCUGUCCUUUCCUGUCUCUUGAAGGAUAACGACUAACUGCAAUUUCGAUUUCUUCUUACAAUAUCAUUGAGUCGGAUUAGCAAUCAUGAAGCAACUAGAAGUUUUAAAUGAAUAUUAUACUGAUCUAGAUUACAAUAUCGACAAAGACGAAGCACUGGAAAAAAUAAGUGAUCUAUCUAAGACAGUAAGGUUCCAUAAUUCCAUCAAUAUUUCAGACAGAUUGGAGGUACUGGCGAAUAUAAUACAAGAUAAUAUAUCGUUUUUUAAAUCUGUUUGUGCACACGUAGAUAUGAUUGAUACUAUUGUAGGGUAUUUAAAUCAUUAUGCAGCAUACAUUAAGUAUAUCAAAGAUGAUAGUAUCGAGAUUAUUCAAGUGACGAUCUUUCCAUUAAUACAUACACUCUUCCAUAUAUGUGAUGAAUUUGAAAUAAAAGCAUUUUUGUUACUUCCUAUCUUGUAACUAUAUAC